AGGUACUCCAUGAGACAUGCUUUAGACAUCUCACAAGCUUCUUCAAAUUGACAUACAACUGAUAAUAAAUAUGUUGAUAUGAGGCCAGAUGAGAACUAAUAUGAACCUCAACUCUUCAAGUACACCAGAUUAUAAACAACACAACCAUGAAAUUUGCAAAACAUUGCAAUCUGUUGGCCUACCCUCUACAAGGUGGACUUUGAAUAAUGUAGUUUAACAAGCUGAUACUGUGAUACAUAUGAAAGUCCGCCGAGACAAUACCAUGUGAACUCUUACAUGCCCUUGUCUCCUAACUGGUCCUAUCUGAUACCCUUCCUCCACCAACCAUUUUAAUAUCGGUAUGUUUAUAACAUAUCCUUUUAUCUAUAUAUAUGUUCAUGGUUGCAAGCAUUUAGCAUCAACACAACUACACAAGUCAUUCACAUCCUAAAGCAAAAGAAAAACUCAACAGAUUGCAUCUUAUUCACAAGUCAUAUCUAAGACUAAUAUUUCAUCAACACAUACAUACAACAAUGGGUUUUCUUUUGGCUGGUAUCAGAAGAAAGACAUCAUUUACUGCAAACCAAGCAACUUCCAAAGUUGUGGAAGUCCCGAAAGGCUAUCUUGCCAUGUAUGUUGGCGAGAAGAUGAAGCGAUUUGUGGUUCCCAUUUCUUAUUUGAAUCAACCUUUAUUUCAAGAAUUACUAAGCCAAGCAGAAGAAGAAUUUGGAUAUGAUCAUCCAAUGGGUGGUCUCACUAUUCCAUGCAGUGAGGAUACUUUCUUGGACCUCACAUCUCGCUUAAACUGACUUAGCACAAGUCCUGCCGAAGGAGACUGACAUAGAUUAAUUCAGAGUGAAACUUUUCCUUUUCUGUAACAAGAAUUGAGAGACAAUUUUGUGUAGCAGGAACUAUAGUAUACGUUUUUUUUGUAGCAUAACAUCAUCUCAUUGAGAUGGCAAGGAUGUAAAUAUCAGAAUUUUUCCUCCCAAUUUCAAUGAAUUUAUAGACUUCAUC